GAACAACAGUUGACACAACAUCAAAAAACCCACGAAGGGAAACAAUGGGAGUGUGACGUGUGCAGCAAACUCUUCACCACAAAAUACUUUCUAAAGAAACACAAACGUCUCCAUACAGGUGAAAUGCCGUAUAGUUGUCCAACAUGCAACAAAACAUUCACUUUCCAACAAUCGUACCACAAGCACUUGCUGUACCACAGCGAUGAGAAGCCUCACGUGUGCACAGAGUGUGAUCGUGCUUUUAAGGAGUUGUCAACUCUCCAAAAUCAUCAAAGAAUACAUACUGGAGAAAAACCAUUUGCUUGCGAAACGUGUGGGAAAUGUUUCAGACAACGUGUAUCAUACCUUGUUCAUAGAAGAAUUCAUACUGGUGCAAUGCCAUAUCAGUGCACUGCGUGUGGAAAAAGUUUCCGUUAUAAG